AUGCAUGACUUGGAGCUAGUGGCUAUUGUGCUUGCUUUGAAGAUUUGGAGGCAUUACCUGUACAGAGUAAAGUUUAUAGUUUUCUUUGAUUACAAGAGCUUGAAGUACGUUUUUUAUCAGAAGGAGUUAAAUAUCAAGCAGAAGAGAUGGAUGAAGUUAUUGAAAGAUUAUGACUCUCAUUUGAAUUAUCAUCUCAAAAAGGCGAAUGUGGUGGCAGAUGCUUUGAGUAGGAAGUAUUUGAGUGUGGCUGGGAUGAUGCUUAAGGAAGAGAAACUGUUAAAUGAAUUAGCAAGAGUGUAUAUCAAGGAGAUUGUGAGAUUGUAUAGUGUGCCUGCUACAACUGUGUGGAAUCGUGAUCUCCAAUUCACUUCAAGGCUUUGGAGAGUCUUUCAGAAGGCAUUCGGAAGUUGGGAUAGCUAUAUGCCGUUACUGGGGUUUAUCUAUAACAACAGUUAUCAUGUGAGCAUAGGGAUGUCUCCUUAUGAAGCAUUGUAUGGGCAGAAGUAUCGGUUCCGUGGUAUAUCAAGUGGCUUUGCCACCACAUCUUUCAAACUUGCACAAUGUAUUUCACCUUUCGCAACUUCAAAAGUAUACCCGGACGCGACUCAUGUAUUAGAGCCCGAAUCAGUUCAGUUGAAGGAGAAUCUAACUUUUCAAGUUGCUCCGGUUCAAAUUGAUGAUGUGAGCAUCAGGAAGCUCCAUAGAAAUGAAGUUCAAUUGGUUAAGGUGGCUUAG